GACGGAGCAGGCCGUAGAAGGAAGCGGCGAUGGGGAAGCCUCGCUCACAGAAAGAGAGCGGAUUUGUAAGAGUCGCUACCGCGACCGAGCCCGUACGAGUGGCGUCUGCCGUGGGCACUGUGGGGAGACGCGGGGGAGUGGAACAGGCAGAGAGACCGGGAGACAGUGAGGCGCCAUGGUCGACUGCGUGAGUGGCGAGUUCCCCGACUCCACUGCGCUCGGAUCGGAAACUGAGUGGGGCAGCAGCAGCAGCAGCGAGGGCAGCAGCAAGGGCAGCAGCAAGGGCAGCCCCCGGAGAGACUCCGGCUGCCCCCAGAAGCCGGACGAGCAGAGGCGAGCGACGAGGCGAGAGAAGAAUCGAAUCGCCGCGCAGAAGAGCCGCGAGAAGCAGACUCAGAGAGCCGACAGCCUCCACCAGGAGAGCGAGUUUCUGGAGCAGGAGAACGCGGCGCUGAGACGCGAAGUGCGCGCGCUGAGCAGGCAGGCGCAGAUUCUACUCGGCGUCAUCCGAGCUCACGAGUCCUGCUCGUGCCUUCCAACAGCCGCGGGGGCCUACCACCACCACCACCAACAACAACAACAACACCACCACCAGCAGCAGCAGCACCGCUACCAGCCCGUCGUGUCGCCGCACCUGCUGGCACCGUCCCUCAUGGCGCCCCCCGGUGCUGCCGUGGGAUACGCGGCCGCUGAUGUUGACUCGGCCACGGGGAGCUUCGCCCUCACGCAGGGCGGCGGCGUCAGUUAAGGCAGGCGCCAUCCAUGGCACCAUAAGCGACUUGCGGCUGGAGCAGUCACCGCAUGCCCAUGGUGGUGGUGGUGGUGGUGGGGGAGUCAAUUGUACCGUACGUAUUGCACCGCAUUCUCAGGACUGUAAGACGCCCCGGUGAGCGAGGUGCACGCACCCAGGCGCCCGCACCGGCAACGGCAAGGAAACAUGGAAUAAGACGUGUGCCACGUGUCAAUAAAGUGGCACAAAUUCUGGUCACGCACGCGGACAGCUACCGUGUUAUAAGACACAUCCCUCGCUCUUGUUUCCUUUAAAAUGCGGUGCGUCUUAUAAUCCUGAGAAUUCGGUACGUGCAUUUCUGAUCCCGUUAGACGUGUUUAUGCGUAACAUUCAACUAAAGUUACAUUCAACAUUUCUGGGAGGCUCAACUGGUACACAUGGCCAGCUGCAAGCCACCUCCCCACCUGCACAUAGCCAUGCCCACUCACCUGCUGGCGCCGCCCACAUGAGAAGUGUCCCGCCGAACGUUGGCCCCGCCCAUUUUACAUAACCACGCCCACUCGCUCCACUAGCACCACCCACAGGGCGAGCGGAUUUGCUGUUUCGGGCGUUGCCCCGCCCACUCCUCAGGUAGCCCCGCCCCGUGAUCGUUUCAUCAUUAAUUUUGCAAUUUGGUAGAUUGGUGUGGAUCGUUCUUGUUGGCUGACGUCAUAAAUUGUCUAAGACUGGCUCGGUAAGUUUGUUAAUUGAUGGCCACAAUGUCGGUGCUGCUCACCUUGGCGUUGUCCUUGAUCUCUCACCAACCUUCGAACCGCACACUAACAAGGUCAUUAAGGCUGCCUUCUUUCACCUCAGAAAUAGAGCCACGUUGGGCCCCAUUUCUCCCAUCAUCGCACCUUAAGAAGCUCGUUCCGGCGUUUGCCUUUUCACGCAUAGAUUUUUGCAAUGCAUUAUUAGCUGGCAUCUCUCGCAAGCUGUUAAACAGCCGUCAAGCAUUUGCAAAAUGCAGCUGCCAGGGUUCUUAUACCGGUUGCUGAGCACAUUGCCCCUGUAUCUGACUCUCUCCAUUGGUUACCGGUCAGUUUCCGAGUGGGAGUUCAAGAUCCUACGUCUCGCCCACAUGGCUCUCAACGAUGCCUCCUCCAUAUUCCUUGGUUCUUUGGGUAAAGUCACGUAGGUAUAAGAGAAAAUAAAUCACGACGUUUCAGGCGCGCACACAAGC